GCCUAGCCGCACCGCUUUGGCCCUCGCUGAGGGGGAUGAGGUGACCAAACCAAACCAAACCAAACCAGACCAGACCAGACCAGACCAAACAAGACCUGUCAGACUUGGCAAAAUUAGCCCUCCGAGAUUCCUCCUCAUCCUCCCGUCCUCUCCCUCUCUUUCACCAGGUUUAGUUUAGGGUUUCUUCUUCCGUGAAAUUCCUUUCUUCCCCCCCAAGGUCACAGCUUUUUUUCUCAUCAGCGUCGGUGGGGUGAGGGAAGAAAAGGGGAAGGCGAGCUCUCUAAGGCUCGCCUCUCACCCACCGAUUCCAGUACCAUGAUCGCAUUCUCGGCUUCAUCCUCCCCUUUUUUUGUCGCCGGUUUGUUUCUCCUGCUCAUCGCCUUCGCCUUAUCCUCUCCCGCCGUCCGUUCCGAAUAUGACUCCUCUGUAAUUCGAUUACCCACCGGUACCCACGCCAGCGAUGCAAAGCCCUGCCCCGGAUCGGCAGCGCCGGCCUCCUGCCCCGUCAAGUGCUUCCGCCCUGACCCCGUUUGCGGCGUUGACGGCGUUACCUACUGGUGCGGCUGCGCCGAUGCUCUCUGCUCCGGUAUUAAAGUCGCUAAAUUGGGGUUCUGCGAGGUAGGGAAUGGGGGCAGCGGACCCCUUUCCGGUCAGGCCCUGCUUUUGCUCCACAUUGUUUGGCUUAUCUUGCUCGGCUUCUUGGUCUUGUUCGGGUUUUUCUAAUUCUAUUCGCCGGCUCUAGUGCGCGACUUCUUUUUUUUUUUUCUUAUCUGAUUCAGAAGCUGUAUCCGUCGGUGGGUUUCAAUUCCUUUACGCUGUAUUUGAUUGAUUGAUUAAUUGGAUGUUUGGCCCCCUUUCUUCUUGGGAAAGAAAAAAAUGGUCGGGGGACAGGCGAUCUGUGCAUUCAUUCUUUAUGUAUAAUGUAUGUGCAAGAUUUACGGCUAUUCUUUCUUUCUGUCUUUUUUUUUUUUCUUUUCGUGCGUGUAAACAUUAAAGAAAAACCAUUCAGAUUAUUUUGUGGAUAAAUUUGUUCAAUGGGCAUCUCAUGUAUACAUGUUUCAGUAUUAAUUUAUUAAAUUUGAUUGCCAA